UAUUCUGCGUUGUUUAAAAACCAAACGAGUCAAACGGUAGGGCGGGUCCAUUUUUAUUUAUCUUACGGAAAAAGAUAAUUUUAUUCACAUCUCAUAAUGCCGUCCAUAUCAUCAUGCUGGUCUCCUUGUUUUUGGCACAUGAAUGUGCGAGAAGGCACCUUUGCUGUUGCAUUUUACACAACGUUCUUUCCAAUAGUUAUCAUAGCAUAUACAGCCUAUGUGAUGCGUGGAGGUGAUUCUUCACAGUUUUAUUUGCCCUACUUUGAAGCGGAUGUAAAAGACACGAUGCAGUCCGGUGGAGCAAUAGUGAUACUGUUUUGCCUGAUAUUUAUCAUCUGCUCUGGAAUGUUAGUGCAAGGUGUUAGAAAAGAGUACAGAGGUCUUUUCUUUCCUUGGAUGAUUUGCAUGACACUUGUUGUUCUAUUUCAAGCUGUUUACGGUCUAUGGAUCAUCAUCGGUUACUACAUUCUAUGGAAUGUAUUUGUCUCAAUCUGCAAUUGGUUUUGGAUGGCUGCCAAUAUGUAUUUCUUCCUGUGUGUAUGGAGCCAGUACGAGAUCGUGACAGAAGUGCAGGCCCGCCACAUUGAGCUGCUCUACCCGUAAAAAUGUAUACGACGUGUUCUUCUCUCCUUUUUCUCUUUAUUACCAAGAGGUAGAUCCGUUUGGUAUGUUGUUGUAGCAGCUCCAACUGAGGCCAAAAGAAAAAAAGUAAUCUCGGCCCAUAAUCUCGACCCUUAAAUCUCAUGCAACAUUUAUAUCACCGUCGCUGUCAAUUGCAAUGAUUGUGCCUUUAAAACAGGCCCCGGAAUCGGGUCCUGAAUGCAGCAGCAACAUCGUUAUCACGUGAGCAGAUCCUUUUGACCCUUGUUUUCCUUUUUUUUUUCAUCUCCCUAUUGGACACUUUUUUUUUUUUUUUUUAAAUUCUCUCACGACUCUUUUCUACCACCUCUUAACAACUCCGUCCAUUCCCUGAUGUCAUUCCAAACCAGAAGAAAUUUGAAUACAUGGCUUUUAUAAAG